ACCCCUUUGAGUUCCAGAUCAUAGCAGGCUGUGAGCUGCAUCCUGGGGGUGACAUAGUAAGCUUCUUUAGGGGAGCUUUUAGAGGACUGGAUCUCCUGAGCAUCAAAUAUUACUCAUGUGUGCCUUCCCCAGAAGGCGGAAUCACAGCACAGCAAGUCUGCACACUACUCAAUCAAGGUAUCAUCGAUAUUAUAACGAAGCUCCUCUAUGAAACCUGCCCCCGCUAUCUCUUGGGUGUCCUUGAUGCAGGGAAGGCGGAUCUGCAGAGGCAAGUGAAGCCCAAGGCCUGGCUGUCCAGUGGCCCCACUCCUGGUCCUGGCCAUCUGCUGCUGGUGUGCCAUGUCAUAGGAUUCUAUCCAAAGCCCGUGUGGGUGAUGUGGAUGCGGGGUGAGAAGGAGCAGGCAGGCACUCAGCGAGGUGACCUCCUGCCCAAUGCUGAUGGGACAUGGUAUCUCCGAGUAACUCUGGAUGUGGCAGCUGGGGAGGCAGCUGGCCUGUCAUGCCGGGUGAAGCAUAGCAGUCUAGGAGGCCAGGACAUCGUCCUCUACUGGGGACACCGCACCUCCAUUGGCUUGAUGUUUUUGGCAGUAAUGGUGCCUUCUUUGAUCCUUUUGCUGUGCUAUGCAUUAUGGUUUGUGAGGCACUG